CAAACCCUCUUGAAACCCCUUCCUUCCUUUCCUUUUCACGAACACACUGUGAAGUCGAGGAGAGUCUCCUUCCGUCUCUCUCUCUCCGCCGCAACCUCCGACCAAGUACGAUGUUUCGCAGGAUCUGCUCCAACCGUUCGUCCUGGGCCCACAAUGCUUCCCGACCUACCAACAAGCUCCUCCCCGCCGCUGCUCCCCCACCGCCCCCCGGAGCGCGCGGCGUCAUCACUCGCCGCGCCGCCGGAACCCUUGCUUUCCUGCGGUUCCUUGGAGAAUCCGGAAUCAGAAUCCGAGAGGACCAUGCUAAAUCAACCUCCAUUGCUUCUUCCUUUGCUAGGUCGAUGUCUUCCAAAGCAUCAGAUGAAUCAGGCAGAAGAACAAGGCGAAAUACUGAUGAGACCAAAAAGGAGAUAACAAAUGUUGAAGAUCCGUAUAGUGCUCCAACAUAUAAUAUUCCGGAGAAGCCAGUGACAUUUGUGGAGGGUGCAUCCUACAGUGUCAUCAUUCUUGCUGGGCUUGGGAUUGCAGCUGCCGCAGGAUAUGCUGUUUUCAAGGAACUUAUAUUUGAACCAAAGGAGUAUAAGAUCUAUAACAAGGCUCUCAAAAGAAUUCAAGAUGACAGUCAGAUUAGGGUGAGGAUUGGAUCCCCAAUUACGGGCUACGGUCAGGAGAGUAGAAACCGUGCUGCUCGCCAAAGAAUUCCUAACAGAGUAUGGACUGAUGAAGAAGGUGCUGAGCAUGUAGAGGUUAAUUUCUAUAUCCGGGGUCCGAAUGGACAUGGAAAAGUCUUUGCUGAGAUGUUCAAAGAUACAGUGGAUAAAGAAUGGAAGUUCACGUAUUUGAUUGUCGAAAUUAGAGCACCUUCUCAAGCCCAAAUAAUGCUGGAGUCAUAUAUUCCAGCUUACAAUGCAAACAAGUAGCUUAGAUGAGAAAGGUAUUUGAUCUUUGGUCCUUUACUGGAGGCUGCACGAUUCAGCGAUCAGCAUAUUGACCACCUUAGCCAGUUCAAGUUCCUUAAGGGAUAAAGUGGAAAGAAGGAUAGACAAUUAAAGAGUCACAAAUAAGAUGAGAAACUGGAUCCCCAAUCUCAGGUUCAGUAAUGUUUUUUUCUUUCAUUUAGAACCUGCAGAUAUGAGGAAAGAGUUAUGGACAGGGAUCUUAGUUUUGAUGACCCAGAGAAAUUGCGUUGUCCUUGAUGGCAAUUGGGAGUGCCAUGUACUUAUUUGUUAUUUUCAGUUUUUCAUAUACCUUGUCAAAAGUCCAUCGAGUUGCUGGAGUGUACCAUGCUAAUUUUUUAGAGAUGAAUAAGUAGGUGUCUGUAGUCCAAACAGGAAAAAAAGAAAAAAAAAAAAAGAAGAAAAAAUGGAUAUGGAGUAUUUGAGGUUGAUAUUGGUUGUGGCCUAUUUCAAAAUGGGAAUGUUUGAGUGGAUUUCUAACAGACCAACAA